GGGGGAGGCUGGGAGCAUUCCCAUGGUGGGAAACUGGGAGCCUUUCCAUGGUGGGAGCCCAGGAUCCAUCCCACAGUGGGAGCCUGUGAUUCUUCCCAUGGCAGAAGCCCAAAAUCCAUCUGAUGGUGGGAGUCCAGGAUCCAUCCCACGUCCCACAAUGGGAGCCCAGGACCCUUUCCCAUGGUGGGAGCCCAGGACUUUUCCCAUGGCGAGAGCCUGUGAUCAUUCCCAUGGUGGGAAUCCAGGGUCCAUCCCACUGUGGGAGCCAGGGACUCUUUCCCAUGAUGGGAAUCCAGGAUCCAUCCCACUGUGGGAGCCAGGGACCCUUUCCCAUGGUGGGAGCACAGGGUCCUGCCCACAGUGGGAUCCUGGGACUCUUCCCACAGUGGGAUCCCGGGACCCUUCCCACAGUGGGAUCCCGGGAUCCCUCCCGUGGUGCCAGUGGCCAUGGCAUGGCCAGGCAGGCUCUGGCACAGCCAGGAUUUGGCAGGAGCAGCCUGUGAGCGUCCCAGGGCUGCAGCCCGGGAAGGGAGCAGCUCCAGGUGCACCAAUAUCCUUCAAAAUAACAAAAAGCCAGGCUGGGGUUCCUGCCUGGGGAGGGAUUUUUGCUCCUUCCACCUCUGCCAGGAGGGAUUUCCCCUCCUCCUGUUCGCUGGGACACUGCCGGGGCCAUGGGGAGGGGGGAGGAUGUCCCUGGGAUGAUCCUGGGAAGGAUGUCAUGGUGCUGCCCCAGAGAUGGACCCUGUGGGAUGGAUCCCAAGGAUGGACCCCAGGGAUGGAUUCUGCGGGAUGGAUCCCAAGGAGGGACCCUGUGGGAUGGAUCCCAAGGCUGGACACUGUGGGAUGGGCCCCGUGGGCGUUGGUGGGUUCAGCACGUUGUACAAUCCCAGGCUGGAUGGAUUUGACCUGUAGCACAGGGAAGGACACCAAACACUGCUGGAUUUCCUUAUACAUCCCUAUUUUCCCUGGCUCCAAGCUGCUGAGCUGCCUGGCACCCCCCGGGCAGGGCUGUCCCCGUGCCCCCGGCGUGUCCCGCUGCCCCCGUCGCGUCCCAUGUGCUGUCAGUGCCCGUUGUUAUUUAUGCUACCACAGAAUAGCGCUGGAAUAAAACCUUUUCAGGACACCACA